AUGAGAAUAGCAUCGAUUCCCUUAUUGUUUGUCCUGUCUGCUGCCUGUGCCCCUGCCCUCUGUGGCAAAGAAGAGCCUCCUGUUGCCCAGCUUGAGCCCCCAGCUGAAACUCAGUCCCACUCCACUACUCUGGAAGAUGUGCACCUCCUGGAGAAUGGCCUGCUCCAGCUGGGUCAGAGCCUGCGGGAGUUUGUGCAGAAGACAAAGGCACAGAUAAAUGACAUCCUCCAGAAGCUAAACAUCUUCAACCACACUUAUCACCAGCUGUCAGUGCUCAACAGUGAAAUUAAACAGGAAGAGGAGGAGCUGAAAAAGACCACUACGGCACUGAAGAUCACCAGUGAAGAGAUCAACAACUUGUCUGUUGAGAUCAGCUUUAAAGUGGACAGCAUUGUGCUGGAGAAGGGUCGACUGCAGAACAAAGUGGAGGGCCUGGAGAAGAAGAUGAGCAGUCUAUCACAGGGUCUGAUGACAAAGGAACAAGUGGCAGAGAUCGACGGCCUUAGGGAUGUGAUCAACAGCCAAGAGCAGAGCAUCCUAGAGCUGCUGAAGGCUGUGAGUGAGCAAAGCGACCAGAUCAACCAUCAGAGGACCAAGAUCAAAAUUCUGGAAGAAAAGCUUAAAGCCACUGCUUUAGCCCAGGAGACCAUGGACAGGAUGCAUGAAUUCUCCAGCAUUGAAGCACCAACACUCACCCCUUAUCUGACCUCAGGCUCUACCAGCACUGCUGCAAUGAUGAGUCUGCCAUCAGACUGCAGUGAGCUGUUCAACAGAGGGGAGCGAGUCAGUGGUGUCUACACCAUAAGACCCAAUGGAUCAGAGCCCUUCAUGGCUUUUUGUGACAUGAGCACAACCUAUGGAGCAACUGUUAUCCAGCGAAGGAGAGAUGGCUCAGUGAAUUUUGAUCAAACCUGGGAGAAGUAUGAAAAUGGGUUUGGAGAUUUUCAAGGAGAAUAUUGGCUGGGUCUCAGGAAGAUCUACUCACUAGCCACUCAGGGCAACUCUGUCCUUCACAUUCAGUUGGAAUUUUGGAAACAGGGCAGAUGCUUCGUUAAAUACAGAUUUUACCUUAAUGGUGCAGGGAGCAACUACACCAUUCACCUCACACAUCUGUCUGGAAAUCUGCCUGACCCAAUGAGCAACCACACAGGCAUGAAGUUCUCCACUAAAGACAGGGACAACGACAACCUCCAGGAUUCCAACUGUGCUCACGACUACAGAGGUGGAUGGUGGUUCAAUGCCUGUGGAGACAUCAACCUGAAUGGGAGAUACUUCUACAUGAGACGGAAGGGGCGCUCAGAGCGCAGAAGAGCGAUUUGGUGGAAGCUGAGCCGAAAGGUGUCCUACUCCCUCAGACUCACCCAGAUCUCUGUCCACCCUGUGGCUGCUCUCAGCACCACCUCCUCUACGUCAGCUUCCUCUGAGACAGACUUUCUCUUAUCCAGUACCAACAUUCCCCAAUGAAAAUGCUCAAAAUAAACCAGCAUUAAACAGUGACCUCUUCAGGAGAGCCUUGGUAGUGCUUCGCAUGGGCAGCCAUGGUUUCAGGAGAUGCGCAGUAGGCAGAGAGGAAGAUGUCUCCUCCAGCUAUCAAGUCCCAGUCACCCAGGAUACGCACAAAGGUCUACAAUUCUGAGUGCUGUUCUGUUCCAAACAGAGCAAGUCAUAAGAAUGUUUGUUUGCUCAGGACAGUGUGCAUGUAGUUUCUAAAAUAGGAGAACUUUAAAAUCUAGUGUGAACUGUAAAAUACAUUGAAAUGCAGGCAGCUCUUUGUUAGAAACCUCAAACCAUGACACAAAAUAUGUCUUCACUGACUCUAGUUCAGAAAAUUAAUUAAAAGAGACAGCAGUGUUUUAUACUGGGUCACACUGGCUCUCAGUUCAGUAUAUAGCAGCUCUUCCAAACAUGGAACGGUUCAUGAGCAGGGGUUAAUUUGUGCCGGUUAGAAGAGAAAUAACAAUA